CGGCCACCCUCUCGAGAGCGCGUAGCUCCACGCCCCCAUCUCCGGCUGAAUAGGAAAAUGCAUGACAGUGGAGCUGUUACCACAUUCCUCCACGAUUGAAUAAUGGUGUAAUGGACCUGGCGCGUAACUGCGGACCCGUUGACGCCUAAUUCAAAAAUAUUAAUAAUAAUUAAAAAAUAGAGAGAGAGAGGGGGAGAGAGGAGGCGGCAUGACCACCAAGUGGAAAUUAGAAACCCUAGAGAGAGAGUUGGAAUUUGGAAAUUAAAGACAAACAUCCCUUUUCUUUUGCCUUUCCCAGAAAUUCUUCUCAGCUGCCUUUGUUUCGUUUUCAGGCUUUAUUGCGUAUCCCCUGCUUAUUCACCGGCAAAAAUUUUGCUGCCCCCUUUUUUUUUUCUUCCGAUUUUUCAAUACUCCAUUAUCAAUCAAUCAAUACUCUUGAUUCCUGAAGCUCCUGUCUCCGAGGUGGGUUUUCAUUUGAGCAUUUGAGAUAUGGGAAAGCCUACUACUGCGAGGAAGAAAUUCCAGAUAGGGUCGAAAUCCGACGAUGCAAAUGCGAAGCCCGCCAAAGCUGCGGAGCGCAGCUCCAAGGCGGCUUUCGAUGAAGACACCGCCAUCUUCAUCAACAUGUCGCAAGAAUUGAAGGAGGAAGGGAACAAGCUGUACCAGAAGCGCGACCACGAGGGCGCCAUGUUGAAGUAUGAGAAGGCCCUCAAAUUGCUGCCCCCGAGCCAUAUCGACGUUGCGUCGCUGCGGACUAACAUGGCAGCUUGCUACAUGCAAAUGGGGAUUGGUGAGUACCCGAGAGCAGUAAACGAGUGCAAUUUGGCGCUUCAAGUAGCUCCCAAGUACAGCAAGGCUCUGCUGAGGAGGGCGAGGUGCUACGAGGCUUUGAAUAGGCUCGACUUGGCUCUGAGAGAUGUCAAUAGUGUGCUGAGCAUGGAGCCCAAUAACACCACCGCGUUGGAGAUUGCCGAGAAUGUGAAAAGGGGGAUUGAGAGAAGUGGUCUUCAGAUUGAAGACAAGGAAGUUGUUUCGCCCCCUGGCAAUGUCGAGCCUACCCCAGCACCAGCGCCUGCCCCAGCGCCUUCACCUGUUUCUGGGAGAAUUGCCAAAGAGAAAGGUAAAAGGAAGAAAAAUAUCAAGUUUGAAAAGAAGACUGUAGUGGAGCCUGCUGUGAAGAAUGUCAGUGAAGUUGAGGAAAAGAAGACCGAGGAUAAGGUGGUUGUAGAGGAUAAAAGAAGUGUUAAGGAAGAGAAGGUAAUUAUGAAGUCGGUGAAAUUGGUUCAUGGUGAGGAUAUACGAUGGGCACAGUUGCCGGUGAAUUGUGGGGCUCGUUUGGUAAGGGAUAUAGUUGUGGACAGAUUCCCAAGUUUGAAGGGCGUGCUGAUCAAGUACAAGGAUCAAGAAGGCGAUUUGGUUACUAUCACCACGACUGAUGAGCUGAGGGUGGCUGAGGGACUGGCUGAUCGUCAAGGAUAUUUGAGACUGUACAUCGCUGAAGUUAGUCCUGACAAAGAACCUAUUUAUGAAGGAACGGGCAUUGAAGAGGCAUUGAGCAAAGGUCAUCAGAAACCAUUGGUGGUGACAAAGAACAUUCAUACAGACGACAAAGGGCCAACGUGUAUUGAGGAUUGGAUCGUCCAGUUUGCAAGGCUGUUCAAGAGUCAUGUCGGGUUUGACUGUGAUUCAUACUUGGAUAUUCAUGAAAUGGGAAUGAAAUUAUAUGCAGAAGCAUUGGAAGAUACUGUUACAAGUGAAGAUGCACAAGAGUUAUUUGAUAUAGCUGCAGCCAAGUUCCAGGAGUUAACUGCUUUAGCCUUGUUUAACUGGGGAAACGUUCACUUGUCUAAGGCGAGGAAGAGGAUGGUUACUGCUGAAGAUAGUUUAGCUGAAUCCACUGAAUCCUCACUGGAGCAGGUUAAAGAUGCUUAUGAUUGGGCACAAAAGGAAUACACAAAAGCGGGCAUGAAGUACGAGGAAGCUCUAAAAGUCAAGCCAGACUUUUAUGAAGGGUAUCUUGCACUUGGCCUACAGCAAUUCGAACAAGCGAAGCUUUGCUGGUAUUAUGUGCUCGGGAGCAAGUCUGACUUGGAGAUAGGCCCAUCUGCACAGAUAUUGGAAUUAUAUAACAAGGCUGAGGAUAGCAUGGAGAAAGGGAUGCAAAUCUGGGAAGAAAUGGAAGAACAGCGCCUUAAUGGACUCUCGAAAUUUGAAAAAGAUAAAGCUUUGUUUCAAAAAUUUGGAUUGGAUGGUUUAUUCAAAGAUGUCUCAGCAGAUGAAGCUUCUGAGCAAGCUUCAAAUAUGAGGUCCCAGAUUUAUCUCUUAUGGGGUACAAUGCUGUAUGAGCGUUCUGUCGUGGAAUAUAAGUUGAGUCUACCAUCUUGGGAAGAAUGCCUUGAGGUUGCAGUUGAAAAGUUUGAACUUGCAGGAGCAUCAGCAACAGAUAUUGCUGUCAUGAUCAAGAAUCAUUGCUCGAAUGAAACUGCUUUAGAAGGAUUCAAGGUCGAUGAGUUAGUACAGGCGUGGAACGAGAUGUAUGAUUCUGAUAGGUGGCGAUCUGGUGUGACAUCUUCCCACAUGGAACCACUUUUCAGAAGACGCUCUUCCAAACUUCAUUCAGUUAUGGAGAAUCUUGAGUGACCUUUGCUUAUUGUUGGUGAUUAAAUAGAAGGCAAUAGCAUCAGAAUUGUUUCUAAAUGCCCUGUGGUUGUUUGCUUACCCCCAGAAUCUUUAGGUGAGUUGAUGCUGCCGAACUUUUUUUCUCUCUGUCUAUUUCAUUCUUGCCACAAAUGCUGCAUUUAAUGUCUGAUAGAAUGCUCCUAAGGUAUGAUAUGAUUGCUCCAUGUCUAUGGUAGAACGAAUAAUUGAUUUCUAGUAAGAGCUAGGUGUGUGAAAGAGGCAGUUCUACUAGUUCCACGUCUUGUUUUUGCAAAAUUGUGCACUUUGAUAGAAAUUGGAGAUUCUACAUGGAGUAUUCCACAGCAGUAUAAAUUUAGAUGAAUUUCUCUUACCAUGCCCCUCGAUGAUGCUGUAAAUGGAUGGAUAAUUUGAAAAGAAGCAAGACAUUUUGCUAUUGAAAUUACCCUUAUUUCAAAUUUUCAAUUUGACAUAAUGCCAAGAGGACUUGGGCCGUUUCUUGAAUAUAUGAUAAGCGUACAUAAAGUACUUUUUCUUGAUUUUUUCUUUUUGUUAUUUGAAAUUGUUGUUGAGAGAUGGAAACUUGUUGGUUGCUUGUUUAGCCAAAACUGUGUUAAGAUGUAUUUCAACAAUUCUUUGUAGUUGAGGGAAGUUACCUUCUCAUCUGAUGAAAAUUGCCAUUUUAUCUUGCAGGUCACAGAUAGUUGUUGUGGGUCUUUUCAGUUUGGUUGAAGCGACGAAAAACACGCUUCAGCGUCUCAAUUGCCUGUUGGUUCGUGGCAAUAUUGUUUCCUUUUUGUUGGUUUAGUUGCAAAGUUGUUUGAUUUGUUGUUUGGCUCUUUGGGAAGAGUCCAUUCUCAAUGUUUUUGGGUAGAGAUGUUGAGAGAGAGAGAGAGAGAAGAGAGAAAGAGUGAGAGCAUACAUAUAGAAAUGGGAUUGAAUUGUAAAGUAUUUUUGUGGUGGGUAUAUAAAUAGAUUGCAUUUGUUUGGGAUACUAGAUUUUCAGCUUGGCCUUUUGCCUUUAUUCUUGGCCUUUCAACUUCAUGUUUUUUACAUUACAUUACUUUUACAUAUGGAGGGUGUCUCUAUGUGUAGUCUGCCUUUACCUUUUACCUU